AUGGCUCUCGAAAACGUCGAUACGCGACAGCGUAUGGAAGAAGAGCUUUUGAAAGAUGAAGCUCUCAAACAAGCCAAAAUCAUAAACUUGGCUUUCCAGAAUGAUGAACCCCAGUGGGUCGUGGCUAUCUCUUUAAGCAAGCCGGGCGGACAAGACCAGGCAGAUGCCUCGAACAUCAUCAAGAGAGCCCGUAAAGCCCUUCGAAAACUGAAAGAUCACAGCAAGGACGAAAUAUUCCCAAUCCCCAAGAAAUGGACCGUUCUCGAUGAGCUUCCGACGACCCCACAGGGGCAGGUGGAUGAGAGAGCCCUCUAUCGCCUGCUGACUGCUUGGGAUAUGGCCGAAUCCAAUCUCUCACCAAAAGAAAAGAGGGCACAUAUAGCUGCCGAAGCAGCUCGUGCCUAUAAUAAUCGAAUUCCCCACGAUGAGAUACCUACGAAAGAAACAGAGCUAGUGUUGCGAGAAUUCUGGAGCAGAGUGCUCAAUCUUGAACCUCAGGACAUUGGUAUCAAGGACAAUUUUCUGGUCCUUGGCGGAGACUCAAUCAAUGCCAUAGAACUUGUUGCAUUGGCUGAACAAUAUGGGAUCGGGUUAACGGUCACCGUAAUUGUUGGCAACCCUGAACUCCGAAAGAUGGCCGACAUGGCAGUCAUGAACGAGGCAAAUAACGACGCGUAUAAUGCCGAGCCUCUGAGUAUGUUACCACAGAUGGAGGUCGAUGCGGCUAUAAGAGAAGUUCGAAUUAAGUGUGGACUCACGGAUGAUGAUAUCGUCCAGGAUGCCUUCCCCUGCACAGCCCUUCAGGCUGGUAUCAUGGCAUUAUCGGAGAAGCAGCCUGGCUCGUAUAUGACGAGGCAGAUCUACGAACUGCCAAGCUAUGUUGACAUCCCACGAUUCAAGGCGGCAUGGGAAGAAACAGUGGACCGCUGUGACAAUCUUCGCACUCGAGUGCUGCCUGUCGAUGGCCAUACGAUCCAAGCGGUAGUUAAAGGUGAUAUUGCUUGGGAGGAUACUGCUGGGGAAACGAUUGACUCGUUCAUAGCGAAAUCCAAGGGCAUGAUAAUGACUUAUGGAACACGCCUGUGUCGGUAUGGAUUAAUCAAGGAUGUAGAUGGCAGGUCAUACUUUGUCUGGAUCAUUCACCACGCAGUAUUUGAUGGAUUGACUGCGCGACUUAUCCUCGACAGCUUGUACAAGGCAUACAAUGGCCAAGCCCAAGGCAUCUUGCGACCAUAUUCAAGCUUCAUCAAGUACAUCACUUCAAUUGAUCAAGAUGUCGCGAGAAUUUUCUGGAAGACGCAGCUUCAAGACGCCCGCCGGGCCAACUUUCCUCGCAACUUGAGCGCAAGAUCCGACAUGGCUAGCCGUGUAAUGACAAGGGAGAUUUCGUUUCCCUACGCAGCUGAAAUAUCAGUCACAAAGGCGACGAUAUUGAGAGCCGCUUGGGCUAUCGUGUUGGCCCGAUAUUGCGAUACGGAUGAUGUGUGUUUUGGGACGACUGUUUCUGGAAGACAGGCUGCUGUUCCUGGGAUCAACCAGAUGCCUGGAUUUGUGAUUGCUACGGUCCCGAUUCGGAUCCGCCUCCAGCGUGGCGAGACUGUUGCUGCCUUCUUGCAAAGUAUCCAGGCUCAAGCGUCUGAAAUGGUUCCCUUUGAGCAAUAUGGGCUACAGAAUAUUGCAAAACUCAGCGAAGAUGCGAGAGAUGCCUGCGAUUUCUCCAGCUUAUUUGUGAUUCAACCAGCAAAGUCUCUGGCUUCUACGGCAGAUUCUGGAUCCAAGGACGCAAUAUUGCUGCGUGGCAGCGCUGCAGAGAAGACACUGUCCGACUCAUCUACACAGAAUUACUUCAACUAUCCACUCGUUCUUGAAGCUCUCCUUGACGACGGUCGCGUGGACCUACAAAUCACGUAUGACUCGAAUUCAAUCAGUAGCGACGCACUUGAGGCACUGUUUCAUCACUACGAACAUGUUGUUCAGCAGCUUCUUAAAGCCUCGGACCGGCCGCUCAGCACAAUCGAAGUUAGCGGAACGUGGGAUUUGGAGUGCGCAAAGAGGUUCAAUCCAGAGACGCCGGAGAUUGUGGAUCUUUGCAUCCACCAGAUGUUUGAGAACCAGGCCUUAAGACGGCCAACUGACCUGGCGAUAUGCGCUUGGGAUAAGACAUUUACGUAUAACGAGCUAAGCAGGGCAUCAAAUAGGCUAGCCCAUCAUCUUGUGAACAAACUCUCCAUACAGAAGGAAGAUUUGGUUCACGUAUGCUUUGAGAAGUCGGCCUGGUUUAUCGUUGCCAUACUAGCUAUCAACAAGGCCGGCGCAGCCUGGGUUCCUUUAGAUCCUUCUCAUCCAGAUCAUCGGCUGAAACAAGUCGUCUCACAGACCAGGGCAAAGGUUGCCUUGGCCUCAUCGACAUACUCAUCGCUAUGUGCUGGUCUCGUUGACUCUGUUGUCGAAGUGUGUUCGGCUUUGGAUGAGAGACUCGUACACUACGAAUGCAGCGCACGAGGACCGAAAGUCAACGUAUCUCCGCGGAACGCUGCAUACGUAUUGUUUACAUCCGGAAGCACAGGAACCCCCAAGGGCCUGGUGAUGGAGCAUGGCUCUGUUUGCACAAGCCAAGUGGCGAUUGCCAAACGACUUGGCAUGACGCCUCGCGUUAGGAUGUUACAGUUUUCUGCGUAUGUAUUUGAUGUCUCUGUGGGAGAAAUUGUACAGCCGCUCAUUACUGGCGCAUGUUGCUGUGUGCCCUCGGAAGCUUCACGCAUGAAUAAUCUUGCCGAAUUCAUUCGCGACAAGCGUGUCAACUGGGCUUAUUUUACGCCUUCAUUCGCGAGGACCAUCAACCCUAAAGAGGUUCCGGACCUUGAACUCAUGUUAUUCAUCGGAGAAGCCGUACAGCGCGACGUCUUUGAUAUAUGGGUUGGGAAAACAAGGCUUAUAAACGCUUGGGGACCUGCAGAGACGUGCGUCUUCAGCAGUAUUCAGGAGUGCUAUUCGACAGAUGAGUCCAAUCUUAAUAUUGGGCGCCCAGUUGGUGCAUUUUGUUGGAUUGUCGAUCCUACAGAUCCUCAGCGGCUGGCACCGAUUGGAACUGUGGGCGAAAUUGUCGUCCAAGGUCCGACUGUCUUACGAGAAUAUCUCCGGAACCCGGAAAAGACGAAUGAAGCGAUUGUCACUACGGUACCAGAGUGGGCACCUUAUCGUGAGUCACAACCCUGGAAUAGAUUUUAUAAAACGGGAGACUUGGCUUAUUACAAUCCUGAUGGCACUAUGGAGUUUAUUAGCCGCAAGGACACCCAGGUCAAGAUCCGGGGCCUUCGCAUCGAACUUGGUGACAUUGAGCAUCACAUCCAAAAUUCCAUGAAAAAUCUGUGCCAAACGGUCGUCGAUGUCUUCAAGGCUGAGACAGGCUCACUGUUGGUGGCCUAUAUCUGCUAUACGAAAGAAAGACGGCCGACUAGCAAGGUCAACGUUGAGAAUAAUGAUAUUUUCUUACCGUUCACAGACGAAAUGCGAUCACAAGUCACAGAAAUUAUUGGCCAACUUAGCAUUUUGCUCCCACCUUAUAUGAUCCCCAAAGUAUUUAUUCCGUGUCAUUUUAUGCCAGUUGUGUCUUCGGCAAAGCUGGACAGGAAUAAGCUGCGAGACACCACACAGAGAUUGAGUAGACAUGAGUUGGCGCAAUAUUCUCUAGCAUCCAGCAACACAAGGAAGCCUGAAACCGAUGCCGAGAUCCGCAUGCAGAACUUAUGGUCAGGAGAAUUGAAGAUUGCGGCAGAGUCGAUAGGACGAGACGACAGCUUCCUUCACCUGGGUGGGGAUUCUCUGGUGGCCAUUCAGCUUGUGACUUCAGCCCGCAAAGUAGGCCUAUCGCUAACUGUCAAAGAUAUCUUUGAUGAUCCGCGACUAUGGGCCGUAUCACUGAAGGCCAUUGAGAUUGAUGCUAGUGCUGCUGGACUGGAUGAGAUUCGCCCAUUUAGUCUUUUGAACGGCCAGGUCAACUCCGCCGAUGCUAUCGAGACAUUGAGAAAGUUGUGUGACCUGUCAAUAGAUUCCACUAUUGAAGAUGCAUUCCCGUGUACCUCACUCCAAGAAGGUCUCUUGGCAUUGUCAACUACUCAGUCAGGUUCAUACAUUGCCAAACAGCUGUACCGACUACCAUCGGACAUCAACAUAGCCAAAUUUCAAGCCUCAUGGGAGGAAACUGUUAGAGUCUGCACCAAUCUGCGAACAAGAAUCGUCUUGGUUGACGAUAACUGUGUUCAGGUCGUGGUAAAAGACGACAUUGCAUGGGAUUCAGCUGAAGAGACAAGUCUCGAUGCUUAUUCACAAGCAUCCCAAAAUCUGACAAUGGGUUAUGGAUCACGUCUUUGCCGCUAUGCGAUCAUUCAAGAGAGUGAACACGUCACCUACUUUGUCCUCAAUGCUCAUCAUUGCAUAUUUGAUGGAUGGAGUUUGCCACUCAUCUUCAAUACACUCUCCGCAAUAUAUCACGGCAAGGUCGUGUCAAAACUCACACCUUAUGCCAAUUUUGUCAACUAUGCAAUGAACUUGGACACAGAUGCAGCCGGAAAUUAUUGGUGCUCCCAGCUUCAAGGUGCCCAGCCAGCUUCAUUCCCCUCUGCUGAAGAGGCACAAUCGCAGGGCAAGGUGACCCGUGUGAAAACUCAUAGCAUCCCUUUUCCUCAGCCUGUGAUCCGAUCGGUUACCAAGGCAUCAAUCCUGCGAGCUGCCUGGGCAAUUGUGCUCUCCAGAUACAGUGACACGAAUGAUAUCUGCUUUAGUACUAUAUCCUCGGGCCGUAAUGCCAAUAUGCAAGGCUUAGAAUCAGUUGCUGGAUUAGUCGUUGCGACUGUGCCCGUCCGCGUUCGACUUGAUAGCCAACAGUCAAUCGAAUCAUUCCUUCAGAGUGUUCAUAAUCAAGCCAUCGAAAUGAUUCCAUUCGAGCAAUAUGGCCUACAGAAUAUUUCGAAGCUGAGCCAGGAAGCUCAGCAGGCAUGCGAUUUCACUAGUCUUUUAGUAGUGCAACCAGCCCAUACGCAUGAUGUUGCUGACUCUCUACUAACUUCGGUCAAUUCUGAAGGUGAUCUUUAUGAAAAGAUGUUACAAAACUACCUCAGCUAUCCACUAUCACUGCAGUGUUAUCUGGGAGAAGAUCAAGUGGCACUGGAGUUCAUAUACGACGAAAACGUGCUCUCUGAGUGGAGAAUCCAGGCGUUGUCAAUACACUUUGACAAUGUUGUGCGACAAUUAUGCACGCAAGAAGAUACCAACCUCGGUUCUAUCAGGAUAGCGGGCUCUUGGGACCUCAAGCAUGCCACAGAAUUGAAUCCUCCAAUAACUGUUGUUGAAAGCUGGGUUCCUGACUUGAUAUCUCAGCAAGUUAUGAAGAGGCCGGAACAUGAAGCCGUUUUCUCGUCUGAGCGAUCUUUUACAUAUGCAGAGCUCAACCGGCUAUCUAGCCUCCUGGCUUCUCACCUCUCAGAUUUAGGAGUAGGACCAGAUGUCAUUGUUCCGUUUUGCAUGGAAAAAUCCGUUUGGGCAGUUGUUGCGAUGCUCGCUAUCAUGCAAUCAGGCGGAGCAUAUCUUCCACUUGACCCCUCACACCCGAUCAAUCGAAGACGGAUGAUUGUGGAAGAAGUUGGCGCUAGUAUAAUGAUGGUGUCGCCUUUAACGUCUACGACAUGCGCUCAACUGACCAAACACAUCAUUGUGCUAUCACCUUCGCUGAUAGAGAGGCUCUCUACAUCUUCUCAGCAUGCUCUCAAGCCAACGAAGAGAUAUUCUCCUAGCAGUGCUGCUUAUGUAUUAUUUACUUCGGGCUCAACAGGAAAACCAAAAGGCACAGUCAUCGACCACUCUGCCGCUUGCACUAAUAUCUUGGACUACGGGAAGAUUGCGGGAUGGAAUGAAUCUUCGAGAUGCCUCGAAUUUGCGUCUUUUACAUUUGACGCCAGCGUGGCAGAAAUAUUUUCCACUCUUGCACUUGGUGGCACCAUAUGUGUACCAUCUGAGACGGAGCGUUUACAGAAUAUUCACGGCUUUAUGCGAAGAGCAAAUGUCAAUAUCGCUAACCUAACACCGUCAUUUGCUCAAAUACUGGAUCCAAAUGAGCUACCUCAAUUAGAAGUACUGGUUCUCGGAGGUGAGCCAUGUACUCGAGAUUUGCUAAACACAUGGUGUAAGAAUGUUAAGCUCAUCAACGCAUAUGGCCCGACAGAGACUACUAUAGGUUGUACUACACACGAGUUCAACAUAGACGACAGUCCCACAAACAUUGGCCGACCUUUUAAUAGCGCCUGCUGGAUCGUUGAGCCGCAUGAUUAUCAUAAACUUGCGCCUAUUGGUUGCGUUGGCGAGUUGGUCGUCCAAGGACAUAGCCUGAGCCGUGGCUACAUAAAUGAACCCGAGAAGACCGGGGCGGUAUUUCUCCCAGAACUUCAGUUUGUUUCGUCCGGACCGCGUCGUUUCUAUUUGACUGGUGACUUAGUGAAAUACACCGCUAAGGGAGAAAUGGUGUAUCUUGGUCGGAAAGAUAAACAGGUCAAAAUUCGUGGCCAGCGCGUGGAACUCGGGGAAAUCGAAGCCAGCAUCAAGCGAAUUAGACCGGAACUUGCUCACGUCGGCGCUGAGGUUCUGAGGCGAGAAACCGGAGAUCUGUUGGCUGCGUUUAUAUCCUUCAAAGAAGAGUCUGAAAAUCCACUAACAGAUAAUUUUGUUCCGUUGGAUCAAGAAAUGCGUGAGCGUCUUGUUUCGCUGGUUGAACAACUAAAAGAAGAACUGCCAAGCUACAUGGUGCCCAAGCUGAUUAUACCUCUUCAUGAGUUACCGUUUAAUGCAGCGAUGAAGCUCGACAGAGGCAAAUUGCAGACUUCAGUAAAAGACUUUACAAUGGAGGAGCUUAUGGCAUAUUCUUUGUCUGAGAGAGACAGAGUCGCUCCAACAACAGAGAUGGAGCUGAAACUGCAAGGUCUAUGGGCUCGCGUGCUGAAGAUGGAGGCUGAAACCAUCGGGAAGAACGAUCACUUCUUCCAAACUGGCGGUGAUUCUCUUUCGGCAAUUCGACUUUCUUCUCUGGCAAACCAACAAGGAAUCAAGCUGUCCGUAGCAACGAUAUUUUCUGAUCCGAAGCUGUCAGCAAUGGCCGCUGUCGUGAGCGUGGGAGAUGUUGAGAAAGACCUCCAGUUGGCACCAUUCAGCCUACUUCCAUUCGAAGUGACAGAUUCAAUUACCAAGAUUAUUCGAGAAAAGUGUAGUUUGUCGGACAGUCACAUCAUUCAAGAUAUAUAUCCCUGCACUGCCUUUCAGGAAGGUCUCAUGGCUCUAGUCGCAACCAAACCUGGCUCUUACAUUGCGAAGAACAUCUACAAAAUUCCUGCUUACCUUGAUGAAGCCGUAUUCAGAACGGCUUGGGAACGAACGGUUGAGUUGUGUGACAAUCUCCGGACGCGAAUUGUGUUAGUUGAUGGAGUCUGCGUUCAAGUGGUGUUGGACUGUGAUGUCUCGUGGGAUACAGCUUCGUCAUCAGAAAUUCAGUCUUGUGUAUCGGAUUCACAGCAUACCAGGAUGGAUUAUGGGUCACGACUUUCGCGCUAUUGUAUUCUGACAGAUGAAAAAGGCGAAACAUAUUUCUUCUGGACGAUUCAUCACGCAAUUUUUGACGGAUGGAGUCUUGGUGUUAUCAUCAAAACAUUAACCGCGUUGCUGAGAAAUCACACCUUGCCAAAUCUCCAUCCAUUUCGGAAUUUCAUCAAAUAUUCACUGGGUCGGGACAUUGAAGCGGCAAAUGAGUACUGGGUGAAUCAGUUACAAGAUGCAAAGCGGGCUUCAUUUCCUUCUCCACCAACACGGCGACAGCCCUGCUCUGAACCCAAGAGGACCAGCGUCUUUGUUAGUAGCGUAAAGCUUUCUGCCUCUGCGCGUAGCUCCAUUACGAAGGCUACGAUUAUGAGAACUGCCUGGGCCAUGAUUCUUGCAAAAUACUGCGACAGUAAUGAUGUGUGCUUCGCAACAACGGUAGCCGGGCGGAACGCACCUGUAGCCGGGCUGGAGUCAAUGUCAGGUCCGACGAUUGCAACGGUGCCUGUGCGUAUCCGCCUCGAUAAUAACGAGAAGGUGGCAGAGUUUCUUGAUAGAGUCCAGAUUCAAGCCUCUGAAAUGGUCGAAUAUGAACAAUUUGGCCUCCAGAAUAUUACCAAACUAAGCCCGCAGAUCAAAGAAGCGUGCGACUUUUCUAGUUUAAUGGUGGUACAACCUGUCGAAACGAAGGAAUCCUAUCCAGUCCUCGUAUCCUUGAACUCGGAUGAAAAGCUUGCAGAAGAUGCUUUACAAAACUAUUUCACUUACCCUCUGAUUCUUCACUGCUUUCUUGGGGAAGGAGCAGUAAAACUAGCAUUUAUCUAUGAGGCCAGUGUGCUUGCAGAAUCCCAAAUAAGAGCCCUCUCAUUUCAAUUCGACAACGCUAUUCAACAGCUGACCGCGUCUGCCAAUUUAAGCGUUGGAGACGUUAAUAUUGCUGGGAACUUCGAUUUAGAAUACGCCAUCGCAGCAAACGGCCAACCUCCUAAUGUCAUUGAGGAGUGUGUUCAUACACUUAUAGAAAGGGUGGCUAUGAGACAUCCAGACUUGCCCGCCGUUUCUGCCUGGGACGCAAAAUUCACUUACAAGGAGCUUGAUGCCAUUGCCAAUAGACUUGCAAACUAUCUCAUCUCCGUUUUUGGCCUCAAAGUAGGAGACAUAGUACAUGUGUGCUUCGAAAAGUCAGCCUGGUAUGUGGUCGCCACUCUAGCGAUUAGCAAAGCUGGGGCAACAUGGUCACCUCUUGAUCCCUCUCAUCCACAUGAUCGCCAUAAGCAAAUUGUUAGCCAAACUAGAGCUUCACUUGCCUUGGCUUCUCCCGAAAAUGUCUCAAAAUGUGAUAAUUUGGUCAAGAAUACCGUUAAGGUGGCGGAGAAACUGAAUGCCCAAUUGACCAACGAUGGUUGCUACGAAAACAAACCUCAAGUUGAAGUGACAGCACAACAUGCUGCCUACAUUCUCUUCACUUCAGGUAGCACUGGCACUCCGAAAGGCGUUAUAAUUGAACACGGUGCUCUGUGUAGCGCUCAAACGGCCGCCAGCAAACGGCUCGGGUUUGGCCCAGGCGUGAGAAUGCUACAGUUUGCGUCGUUUGUCUUUGAUGCAUCAGUCGCGGAAAUCAUUACCCCGCUGAUAUCUGGUGCUUGCGUAUGUAUUCCGUCAUGGGAAGCUCGGAUGAAUACCCUAACGAGCUAUAUUCAACAAGAAGAAGUUACUUGGGCUUUAUUGACUCCUUCAUUUGCUCGCACAUUACAUCCGGACGAUGUGCCCAGUCUCAAGCUGCUUAUCUUAGGAGGCGAGGCCGUGGGACGGGAUGUGUUCGACUUGUGGUUUGGUAAGCUUCGAUUAUUCAACGCUUGGGGACCUACAGAGACUUGUGUGUAUGGAGCUAUCCACGAGUGGCAAUCUAGUGAAGAAUCGCAGCUAACCAUUGGGCGGCCUCUUGGUGGAUUUUGCUGGAUUGUCGAGCCGAACAACUCUCAGAAGCUCGCUCCUAUAGGGACUGUGGGCGAAGUUGUUAUCCAAGGUCCAAAUCUAUUUCGUGAAUAUCUAGCAGAUGUGAAGAAAACCGCUGCAGCAUCCGUACAAGUUCCGGAUUGGGCAACAUACCGCGAUUUAAAACAUUGGCGUCGCUUUUACAAGACAGGAGACUUGGCCAUGUAUAAUCCGGAUGGCACAAUCCAUUAUAUUGGCCGCAAAGAUAUGCAAGUGAAACUUCGCGGUCUUCGUGUUGAGUUGGGGGAAAUAGAGCACCAUAUUUAUACUGGAUUGGACGGUGUUUGCCAAGUGGCUGUCGAUGUCUUGAAAACAGAUAUUUCUUCUGCUCUGGUUGCAUUCCUCUGCUUCAAUGACAGUACGAUUCCGGCUGGUACAGCCAUUCCGAAAGAUUUUAUCUGUCCGCUCACAGAUGGCUUAAAAAGUUCUUUCCAUAGCCUUCGUGAGCACCUUAACUCUGUUUUACCGACGUAUAUGAUACCAACGUUGUUUAUUCCUUGCAAGGCUAUACCACUGGCUGUGUCUGCGAAAAUGGACCGAAAGUUGCUACUUGGAUUAAUUGCACAACUCAAUACGCAGAAUUUGAACCAAUACACACUAGAUCUUGAAGAAGGAAAUAAAGAAGCUCCAGAGUCGGAUAUGGAACGCCGUCUCCAAAAAUUAUGGAGUGAGAUUCUCCAUAUCCCGCAAGAAUCUAUUUAUCGGGAUAGCAACUUCCUGGGGAUUGGUGGCGACUCCGUUGCGGCUAUUCGACUUGUUUCUUAUGCCCACCAACAAGGCAUCAUGUUCACUGUCAGCGAUGUGUUUGGGGAUCCUCGAUUAUUCGCCGUAGCGACGAAGGCACGUUUGCUGGCGGAGGAAAUUGAAGAUACUUCUAUACAACCGUUUAGUUUGCUAGAACAAGAGUACGAACAUAUUGCAACGAGUGGCUCAAUAACGACUCUCCUUGGACUAUCCAACGAAAACGAGAUUGAGGACGCAUAUCCAUGUUCCAAACUUCAAGAAGGGCUAAUGGCUCUAGCAGUCAAACAACCGGGCUCGUAUAUCGCGAAAUUUAUCUAUCGUCUCUCUUAUGAUACGGAUGUUCCUAAGUUCAAGGAUGCGUGGGAGCGUACCGUUAAGAUUGCUGCGAAUCUGAGAACUCGGAUCAUUCGGUCGGGUGGUCAAUCCAUUCAAUUGGUCGUUAAAGAAGAUGUCUCUUGGGAUGAGAUUCACAGUAAAUCACCGGAAGAUUACAUGCGUGAACUUCAAGAUGUUCAAAUGAACUAUGGCUCCCGCCUUCGCCGUGAUGCAAUUCUCACAGAGGAUGUUCAUAGGAAGACAUACUUCAUUCUGACACUCCAUCACGCUGUUUUCGAUGGUUGGUCUAUAAGAAAUAUUUUCAAUAUGCUACAAAAGCUGUACUACGGUAUCAACUACGGUGCCAUCCAGCCAUAUUCCAGGUUCAUCCAGUAUACCUUGGAAUUGAACAAUGAAGAUACUGUUAAGUAUUGGACGACACAGCUUCGGGGAGCUAAGCCAGCCUCAUUCCCAAAGAAAAUCAUUUUGGAUUCAGCCGCAGGAAAUGAUGACAAUGCUGGUAUCAUGAAUAAGAUGAUCGGAGUACCUACAAUAGCUACCUCCAGCAUAACGAUGGCCACAAUAUUGCGAGCUGCUUGGUCUAUUGUGUUGUCUCGGUACUGCGAGACAGAAGACAUUUGCUUUGGCGCCACUGUGUCAGGCAGACAGGCUCCAGUGCCGGGGCUGGUCGAUAUGCUGGGGCCUAUCAUCGCAACGAUACCCGUGAGACUCCGGACCGAUCCCGGACAGUCCGUCUCUGAAUUUCUGCAUUAUGUGCAAGGGCACGCUACUGAGAUGAUUCAAUAUGAACAGUUUGGUGUACAGAGCAUUUCAAAGGUCAGCAAUGAUGCGAAAGAGGCUUGUGAUUUCUCGAGUCUGUUCGUUGUCCAGCCAAUGCAAUCUCUCCUUGGAGAUGGCGAUGAGAGUAUCAUGGUCGCUACAGAAGAAGGGAAGAAUGCGAAUGCCUUCCAUAAUUACUUCAAUUAUCCUCUGAUCAUACAAGGACACAUAUACGAAAGCCAGAUCGAAAUUGUGCUCAUUUAUAAUAAGCAUGUCCUCUUAGAGCCACAAUCGAUCGCACUUGCGCAUCAACUUGAACAUGCGGUUCGGCAGCUUGCAACCCAGACAGACAUGGUUCUUGGGGAUAUACCAAAAUCAUCAAGCUGGGAUAUCCAGCAGGCAGCUAAACUUAACACUGAGCUACCGGAUAUUGUCGAUUCAUGUGUACACACCCUCAUUGAAAAGCAAGCUAUGAUCCGGCCAGACGCCCUGGCGAUUGAUGCAUGGGAUGGCAGCUUCACGUAUGGAAGGUUGAAUCAGUCUGCAAAUCGCCUGGCACAUCAUUUGACCAACGAUUAUGGUAUAAAGACCGGCGACCUUGUGCACGUCUUCUUUGAGAAAACUGCUUGGUUUGUUAUAUCUAUAGUGGCCAUCAAUAAAGCUGGAGCCGCUUGGAUACCGCUUGAUCCAUCCCACCCGGCCCAGCGGCUUGCACAAAUUGUUUCUCAAACAAACGCAACGACUGUCUUGACAUCGCCUACAAAUGCAUUAAUUUGUAAAACACUCUUCUCGAAUCUCAUUGAAGUUACCGAAUCACUUGAUGAAAAACUGGCAAAGUCGUCAAAGUCUGCUGAAGCAGAAUGCCCCAAUACGAACGUAUCCCCUCGUGAUGGGGCAUACAUGCUAUUUACAUCCGGUAGUACAGGAACGCCUAAAGGUUUCUUGAUGGAGCACGGUGCUGUUUGUACCAGUCAGACUGCAAUUGCAAAGAGGCUCGCGCUUACGCCAGAAGUCAGGAUGUUGCAGUUUGCAUCAUAUGUGUUUGACAUGUCCGUUGGUGAAAUUAUUCUAGCAUUGGUCUCCGGUGCUUGCGUAUGCAUACCUUCAGACCACACUAGGAUGAAUGGCUUGAAGGAUUUCAUUCGUGAUAUGAACAUCACAUGGAUGUGGUCCACUCCAUCGUUCAUCAAAACCAUCAAGCCGCGUGACAUCCCGAAUGUGAAGGUGAUAAUUUUAGCUGGGGAGGCUAUUCUACGAGAUGUAUUGACCACUUGCACUCUUCAUGAGUUCACUUCUAUUCGUGAAUCGUCUUCAACUAUUGGCAGGCCGGUCGGUGGUUUAUGUUGGAUUGUAGACCCCGAUGACUCUUCGAAGCUCUCUCCUAUAGGCACUAUUGGUGAAAUCAUCAUCCAAGGUCCAACCUUAUUACGAGAGUAUCUUGGCGAUCACGAGCGGACGAAGAAGACAAUUAUGACUUCUCUUCCCGACUGGGCUCCGCAACGAGACUCGCAACAUUGGAACCGAUCUUACAAGUCUGGGGAUUUGGGUUUCUAUAACCCGGACGGCACUAUUGAAUUUUCAGCUCGAAAAGACACGCAAGUCAAGAUUCGAGGCCUUCGAGUAGAGCUGAGUGAAGUGGAACACCAUUUCCAGCUCGCUUUCCCACAAGCAAAGCAGGUGGCAGUCGAUGUAUUCCGAUCUGACGGUGGAGCGAAUUUGGUCGCAUACUUUUGCCUGAGUGGCGAGACAAGAACCGAGGAUGAUGAUGGUAGGGAUGGUAGCAUGGAUGAUGGCCCAUUUCUUUCUAUUGACGAUGAACUUCAGUCUUGCUUGACGGCAGUCGUCGGUGAGCUAACGGUCGCAUUGCCGCGUUAUAUGGUCCCAACGCUCUUCAUCCCCUGCAGCUAUAUGCCAGUAAUCAUUUCCACUAAGCUCAACCGAAAGAAACUUCGCCAAUUAACGACUGGGUUAUGCCAGCAAGACCUUGCCUUAUAUUCACUGAUUGGGACUCAGAAACGCGCCCCCGAGACACCCAUGGAGAGACUGCUGCAAAAGAUCUGGGCUGAAAUCUUAAACAUUUCAAAGGAUUCGAUUGGCCGUGACGAUAGCUUUUUAGCACUUGGUGGUGACUCCAUUGCAGCAAUUCAUUUGGCUAAUACUGCUCGUGAAGAUGGAAUAUUGUUAACUGCGAAGAAUAUCUUUGAUGAUCCCCGUUUGCUAGCAGUUGCCGCAACAGCCAAAACCCUGGAUACGGUGGAAGAUGAAGUCUCCGAUCUGUCGCCAUUCGACCAGCUCGAUAAAAACACGCGAAAAUGGGUAACUGGAAAAUCUCUGGCAGCCAAACUUCAACUAUCAGGCAGCCAGUCGGUUGAGGAUGCUUACCCUUGCACUAAAUUGCAAGAGGGCUUGAUGGUCCUCAGUUUGAGACAACCAGGUUCAUAUAUCGCAAAAUAUGUUUACAGGCUGUCUAAAGACUUGGAUAUCGACCGAUUCAAGUCAUCCUGGGAUGAGACUAUUGCAUCUUGUGGAAUAUUGCGAUCACGUCUUGUUACUCACGAGGGAACGUGUAUUCAAGUGGUGAUUAAUAACGAUAACCUAUGGGAGGCUUCCAGCGGCAACUUGCAAGAUGCGAUGGAGAAAGCUAAAUCACUUCAAAUGUCUUAUGAAUCGCAGUUAUCCAAAUUUGCUAUCACAAAAGAUGAAGAUGGAAACAAUUACUUCUUGUGGACAAUUCAUCACGCAGUUCACGACGGGUGGACAAUUCCACUCAUCUUGCAAACGUUCUAUCAAACUUACCACGAGCGUGUGCCUUUUAUUCCACAGCCAUUCUCCAAGUUCAUCCACCAUUUAGCGCAAAUGGAUGAGUCCGCUGCUCGUGCUUACUGGGCGAAACAGCUUGCAAAUGCCAAACCGGCUGCGUUUCCAGCCCCGAAACCUGCCAGUAGUUCUACGGGGGCGAACCAAACUUGUGCAUUGACUACAAACAUCAACUUCCCAGCUUCAACUAACUCACUGAUCACAAAAGCAACAAUUCUUCGUGCAGCUUGGGCAAUUGUCCUGGCCAAAUACUGCGAUAGUGACGACGUUUGUUUUGGUGCCACUAUAUCAGGUCGUCAGGCAUCGCUGGAUGGUUUACUGGAGAUAGCUGGACCAACAGUAGCCACGGUGCCGGUCCGAAUUCGUAUAGACCGUGGGCAGCUAGUAUCAGACUUUUUGCAAGAUGUUCAACGUCAGGCAACUGAUAUGAUACCAUACGAGCAAUUCGGUUUACAGAACAUCUCGAGAUUGAGCCCCGAAGCCAAGGCGGCGUGCGAUCUCUCUAGCUUAAUGGUGAUUCAGCCCAUGCAAGAGGUCGCUGAGGAUAGCAACUCAAGUGGUGUUAUGUCUGCUGUUGACAAUGGGCGCAAUACACAAGAAAGCCAAUUACAAAAUUACUACACAUACCCACUGGUUAUACAAGGACACGUCUUUGACGAUCAUGUGGAUCUCGUCACAAUAUUUGAUACGGCAGCUCUUUCUCAAUUUCAGAUGGCGGCUCUUGCACGUCAAUUCAGCCAUGUAGUAGAGCAGUUAGUCCUGCAGGAAGGACAACAGAUUGAUCAAGUAUCUGUUGCCAGCCCAUGGGACUUACAAUUCGCUCUACAGCCCAAUAACAGUACACUCACUAUUAUUGACAGCUGUGUCCACACUCUUAUUUCACAGCAAGCUAGACAAGCACCAAAUGCCCUUGCUAUUCAUGCCUGGGAUGGUGAACUCACAUACAAUCAGUUGGAGCAGGCGACUGAUAGAUUGGCAUCGCAUCUAGUACAUGAAUUCCAUGAUCGUAUUGGAGAUAUUAUUCAUGUAUGCUUUGAAAAGUCCAUAUGGUACGUUGUGGCCAUCCUUGCCAUCAACAAAGCUGGCGCGGCAUGGGCUCCAAUUGAUCCCGCUCAUCCCGUACAACGGCUGCGGCAAGUUGUACAGCAGACGGGCGCUACCCUGACAAUAUCUUCUGUCUCCCACGCUGCGUUAUGUGCAGAAUUGACCAAAGAUGUCGUUGUCCUUGGCCCUGAGUUGUAUAAAAAAUUACAGAAUCAACUUCAUGCCAGUGCGCCAAGCGUUAAUGUGACUCCCGAUGAUCCGGCCUAUAUCUUGUUUACCUCAGGAAGUACUGGAACACCCAAGGGAAUUGUCAUGGAGCAUAGAGCUCUUUGCACAAGCCAGACAGAUAUCAGUAGGUGGUUAAAUCUCACCAAUGAUGUGAGAAUGCUUCAAUUCUCUUCAUUCGUUUUUGACGUUUCUGUUGGAGAGAUUAUAUCACCUCUUAUGCAUGGCGCUUGUGUUUGUAUCCCCUCCGAGGCCAUGAGAUUGAAUGGCACACUAGACGAAUUCGUUCGUUCCGCCAACGUAACGUGGGCGUUCUUGACUCCGUCAUUUACAAGAACAUUAAAACCGGAGAAUUUCGCUAAUUUAAAGCUUCUACUUCUCGCUGGCGAAGUUUUCCCACAAGAAAUUCUCGACGCGUGGUGCGGAAGACUUCGGCUGAUUAAUGCCUGGGGCCCGGCAGAAACCUGUGUCUUUAAUUCUAUGCAUGAGUGGGAGGAUUCUUCAGAAGAUAUUACCAUCAUUGGACGCUCGGUUGGAUCAAAUGUCUGGGUAGUUGACUCUAAUAACCCUCGUCAAUUAGCUCCUGUUGGCUGCCACGGAGAGAUUGUUGUCCAGGGGCCAGCUCUACUUCGUGAAUAUCUUUCUGAUGCUUCCAAAACAUCAGCAGCAAUCGUUGAAGACCUCCCUGAGUGGGUGCCCAAUCGCACAAGCAAGGGCUGGGGCCGAUUUUACAAGACCGGCGACGUGGGCUACUACAGCCAUGACGGUAACCUCCAUUUCGUCAGCCGUAGAGAUACACAGGUCAAAAUUCGAGGAUUGCGUGUUGAGUUGGGUGAAAUUGAGCACCAGAUACGCAGCGCUCUCAACACCGCCCAUCAAGUUUCUGUCGAUGUCUUUAGAAAUGAAACUGCCGCUCACCUUGUUGCUUACAUAUGUUUUUCGGACAGCACUAAGACACCGCAGCAGAUGCUUGAAGAUGAUGGCGAAGAUUUGCUCAUGACUAUGACUGACGAGCUGCAUGCUACACUGAAGGGGCUGACUGAUGCUUUACAUUUGGCUCUACCUCGAUAUAUGAUCCCAACACUGUUUAUUCCUUUCAACUACCUUCCACUCAUAUCAUCGGCCAAAUUGGAUAGGGUGAAACUCCGCCAGAUGAUCGGUAGCAUUUCUCAUGACCAGUGGCAGCAAUUUGCGCUGCUCGAUAGCACACCAAAGCGCGGCCCUGAAACUUCUAUGGAAGUCCGCCUGCAAACGAUUUGGGAAAAAGUUUUGGGUAUGCCUGCCGAGGUAAUCGGUCGCGAUGAUAGCUUCUUACGAAUUGGCGGAGAUUCAAUAGGCGCCAUUCAGCUUGUUACAUUAGCCCGUGAUGCUGGCAUUCACCUUGAAAUAAGUCAAAUCUUUGAAGAUUCGCGCCUCUUCCACCUGGCGUCGAGAGCGAUAAAUAUUGAUCCAGCCACAACUGGGCUGAGUGAUAAGAUCCAGCCAUUUAGUCUUCUUGAUGAUUCUACUAAAACUAAGGUCCUCGAUACUAGUCGCCGCGAAGAGUUUGGCCUCUCAGAGAAUGAACUGUUUCAAGAUGCAUACCCUUGUACGAAACUUCAAGAAGGCCUCAUGGCUAUUGCAGCUAGGCAACAAGGCUCAUACUUUGCAAAACAUCUCUUCAAACUGCCGCCCCAUGUCAACAUACCGCUAUUUAAAGUAGCAUGGGAGCGAACUAUUGCCGCUUGCAGUAAUCUCCGGACGAAAAUAAUUCUCGUCGACAAUGUUCCUGUUCAAAUUCAGCUGCAAGACAACCCCGCGUGGGAAUCUGGUUACGAUAGUCUUGAAUCGUAUAAGAAUUUUUGCCAGAAUGCCAGGAUUGGCUACAACUCGACCCUCUGCAGUUACGGUCUGUUUCGCGAUAACGGCCACAACUUCUUUACUCUCAAUAUCCACCAUGCUAUUUUUGAUGGCUGGAGUUUGUCACUAGCUUUGCAGACCUUGUCAGCGGCCUACCAAGGCGCAGAUUUACCAAAACUGGAGCCUUAUUCAAAGUUUGUGAAAUAUGUGAGAGACAUAGAUCAGGGCUCGGCCGCAGAAUAUUGGCGGAAGCAACUACACGAAGCAAAACCGGCAACAUUUACACAACAAAUAACCACAACCAGUGAUCAGCAAGCUACCGCGAUACUAAAGCAGAAAGUCUACUUCCCACGUUCGACCAAUGCCACUGUUACCAAAGCCACUAUCCUCCGGGCCGCCUGGUCUAUUCUUCUCUCCCGUUAUUGUGAUUCGGAUGAUGUUUGUUUCGGCUCUGUAGUCUCAGGACGCAAUGCUUCAAUCUCCGGACUUGCAUCUAUAACAGGACUUGUUACAGCCACAGUUCCAAUUAGGCUAAAACUUGGUCGCAAGCAGACUAUAAAGCAAUUCCUACAAGACAUACAAUCGCAAGCACUAGAGAUGGUCCCUUUUGAGCAGUUUGGGCUCCAAAAUAUCUCAAAAAUCAACCAGCAUACGAAAGAAGCGUGUAACUUCUCCAGCUUGAUGGUAGUCCAGCCAGCGAAGCAGAUGCGAUUUACAGAAAUCGGCAGCAGCUCUAGUCUCUUGCACCCGGCUUCCGAAAGCGACAGCAUCGAGCAAAUGAUGCAGAGAUUCUUUAACUAUCCUCUCAUCGUCCAAUGCGACUUGCUUGAUGAUGAAGCUGACUUAAUGCUCAUGUAUGACACAAGCAUGUUUGCUCGUGACCAUCUUAUAGCUCUUUCCCAUCAGUUCAGCCAUGUUGUGGAGCAACUCCUUGCUGCCGAUGGCUUGUUCUUAGAAGACAUAUCAUUAUCUAGUGCUUGGGAUCUUGAGAAAGCCAUUUCGUAUAACGCGCAGAUUAUUGAGCUUGUCGACUCGUGUAUACAUGACUUGAUCUCUGCUCAAGCAUUACGCAAUCCCCACCACGAAGCCAUAUUUUCCUCAGAAACAUCAAUGACAUAUGGCGAAUUAGAUCACCUUUCAACACUAUUAGCCAACCAUCUUUGUCUUCUUAAAGUUACGCCGGGAACGCUGAUUCCCUUUUGCUUCGAAAAGUCAAUAUGGGCGAUUAUAGCGAUGCUUGGAAUUCUCAAGUCCGGUGCUGCGUUCGUUCCACUUGAUCCAUCACAUCCACGCGCCCGUCUGGAGGACAUAGCUAAAGAGACAAAUGCGAACGUGAUGAUUACUUCUCCCGGCUCUGCUUCAUGUUGUCGGGAUCUUGUGCCGCAUAUUGUAGAGCUGUCUCCUUCAUUCAUCGCUGCACUUGAGGCCACUGCCAAGCUAAAAUCCGAACACAGAGUCUCAAAACAGUCGACCAGCGAUGUAGCGUACGUAAUAUUUACGUCUGGAUCUACGGGAAAGCCAAAGGGCGUUGCUAUUCAGCAUUCUGCCCUUUGUACCAGUGCGAUUGGUUUAGGCAAAGUGCUUGGUACUUGCCAUUCAUCAAGGAUUUUCCAGUUUGCUGGCUACGUAUUUGAUGCUAUGGUUUAUGAGAUUUUUGUGACAUUGAUUUAUGGUGGAACGGUAUGCGUGCCUUCGGACACUGAACGACUUCAAGAUGCGCCGGCUUUCAUCUGCAAGUCACGAUCUACGGAAGCCCUUCUGACCCCAUCUUUUGCUCGAACGAUUGUUCCAUCUCAAGUACCCACGUUUAGAACGCUUAUGGUCGGUGGUGAGCCUGUGUCCAAAGACUUGCUCGAAAUAUGGCACGGUAAAGUUCGUCUUAUUAAUGCAUAUGGUCCAACUGAGAGCUGCGUCAUAGCAACAACACACGAUAUUCGGUCAAGCAACGACUCACACAGAAUUAUUGGACAAGGAUUCAAUUCCGCUUGUUGGAUCGUCGACUCAGACAAUUGCCGCAGGUUGACUCCUAUUGGAUGCGUUGGCGAGCUUGUGAUUCAAGGCCAUACGUUGUCAUGCGGUUACUUGAACGACUUGGAGAAAACUCGCGGGGUUUUCAGCGGUCAACUCGAUUGUCUAGGUCUGCCACAAGACAGUGGACCGCAAAAGUUCUAUUUUACCGGAGAUUUGGUCAGGUAUACACCAGAUGGACUUAUCGAAUACGUUGGGCGGAAAGAUUUACAAGUGAAGCUUCGCGGUCAACGCAUUGAACUUGGUGAGAUUGAGUAUCACUUCAAAUGCUCCCUCGCUAUCAUUGAACACGUCGUUGUAGACGUUCUUCAUCACAAAUCAGGAAUGUCUCUCGUCGCUUUUAUUAGCUUUGCAGGAGCAGCUUCCGAUGGCAGCCUCCUUCUACCCGUUGAUAAUUCAAUACGUCCAUCAUUGGAGGCUAUACGAGCCUAUGUAAAGGCUCACGUUCCACCUUACAUGAUGCCUAGCCUAAUCUUGCCUAUCAGCCGCAUGCCUUUCGUAACUUCCAUGAAGAUGGAUCGCAGAAAGCUACUUGAUUUGGCCGCCAGCUUGUCAGCGGAGCAAAUAGCAGGCUAUUCUCCCACAAAACAAGAAAGGGCCGAGCCAAUAACGGAAAUGGAGAAAAAGCUGCUCGACUUAUCAGCAAAAAUCUUGAAAAUCGAUCCUUGUGAAAUCGGACGCCAUGACAAAUUCUUGGAGAUUGGCGGCGAUUCAAUUUCGGCAAUUCAGCUAGUUAACCUUGCUGGAGGAGCCGGCAUAAGUUUGACUGUGGCUGACAUCUUUAAGGAUUCUCAGAUAUCAGUUUUGUCUUUGUUGGCGAGCAGCCAGCAGCUAAAUAUUGUCACUCAUAUUGAACCCUUCACUCUCUUGCCACCUACCAAGCAAGACAGCUUGCUCUCUGAAGUGUCUAGGCUCUGCGGCCUAGCCAACAAGAACUUUGUGGAGGACGCAUAUCCAUGUACGCAACUCCAACAAGGUCUCAUGGCGUUAUCCGUCAAGCAACCAGGCUCAUAUCUUGCGAAGAGCCUAUAUAAGCUGCCGAAGCAUGUCCAUGUCGAUCGAUUCAAAUCAGCGUGGGAGCGCACCGUGGAAAUUUGCAGCAAUUUACGAACGCGAAUCGCUCUCGUUGAUGGAACGGCUAUCCAGGUCGUUCUACGAAACUGUCACGACUGGGAAGCUUCUGAUGGUGUUGAUGUAUCUACAUAUUCGCAAGAAGUGUCCGCGAUACGUGUGAGCUAUGGCUCUAAGUUGGUUCGGUUCGCCCUACUACAAGACGGUGAAGAUGAUUAUUUCGGUCUCACUAUGCAUCACAGCAUAUUCGAUGGCUGGUCAAUGGGUUGUAUCAUGGGAACGUUGGAUGCCAUCUAUCGAGAAAACGAGCCACCAUCAUUAGCCCAGUAUGCUCGCUUUGUCAAGUAUACCAUGGAACUUGAUUGCAAUGCCGCCCGGAAAUAUUGGCUAGAGCAGCUUCAUGAUGCUAAAUGCGCUCCCUUCCCUUCGAAUACGGCCACGACCUCUUCUGCCAACCCGGUUACUGGCUACGUCAGCAAGAAGGUGGACUUUGGCAAUUAUCCCAAGACCUCUAUUACUAAAGCAUCGAUUAUUAGAGCUGCAUGGGCUAUUGUCCUCGCCCGCUAUUGCGAGGUAAACGAUGUGUGCUUCGGUGCCACUGUUUCGGGUCGGAAUGCAGCUCUCGUCGGCGCUGACUCAAUGCCCGGAGUUAUGCUUGCAACAGUUCCAGUUCGUGUUCGGCUUGACAAAGACCAGACAAUAUCCGACUAUCUUAGUAACAUUCAAGAUCAAAGCAGCGAGAUGGUUGCGCAUGAACAAUUCGGUCUGGCCAAUAUCUCUUCUCUCGGUGCCAGUGCCAAGGAUGCUUGCCAUUUUUCCUCUUUACUCGUCAUCCAACCUGCUGGAUUUUUCACAGCAGGAAGUCAAAAUUCAGGUGCCAUUCUGGUGGAUGAGAGUUCCGAACAGGAAUUGGAAGACAGGAUUCAAAACUUCAUCAACUAUCCUGUUGUGGUACAAGGUCUACUAUACGACAAUAAAGUUGAGAUUAUUCUCAUGUACAACAAGGACCGCCUGGCCAAAUCUCAAGCUGUGGCCGUCUCCGAGCAGUUGGACAACGUAAUUCAACAGCUGCUUUCCAAUACUAAACAGACGUUAAGAAGCAUAUCUGUCGCAGGCUGUUGGGACCUUGAGCAAGCAAUUAGUUGGAAUACGGCCUGUCUUGACCCUGCCAGCGAAUGUCUCCAUGAUCUUGUCUCGAAACAAGCCCAGCGGCGACCAGGGCACGAAGCAAUUUAUUUUACUGGAGGAAGCAUUUCCUAUGCCGAGCUCGAUCUUCUUUCUUCACAACUCGCGAUUUUCCUAAGUGAAAAGGGCGUCAAGUCAGAAUCAUUUGUACCGAUAUGUUUCGAAAAAUCACCAUGGAUCAUUGUCGCCAUGCUUGGUAUACUCAAGGCUGGUGGUGCUUUUGUACCAUUAGACCCAAGCCAUCCUGUUGCUCGUCGACAGGCAUUGGUUGAUGAGAUCGGAGCUCAGAUCAUGAUCGUGUCUUCGUCUGCUGCCACUGAGUGUGCGCAUAUGACCAAGACUGUUAUUGAACUCUCACCUACUCUGAUUUCACAUCUAUCUGGUAUUAAAAAUACUCAUAUCGCAGAUACAGCUACUCCAUCAAACGCAGCUUAUAUGCUCUUCACAUCGGGUUCCACCGGCAAACCUAAAGCCGUCAUCGUCGAACAUCAGGGCAUCUGCACGUCUCUUUUGGGUGAACAUAAGGCAUUCAACACUAAUAAGAACUCACGCUGGUUCCAGUUCGCCAAUUACGUAUUCGAUGCUUGUAUUACCGAAAUAUUUGCUUCACUAACAGCCGGAGGCACCGUAUGCGUACCUACCGAGGCGGAACGAAUGCAUCAAACGUCAAAGUUCAUAACAGAUGCGCAAGUCAAUAUCACUUUGUUAACACCAACCGUCGUCAAAACUCUAGAGCCUGAAUCAGUGCCUUCACUCAAGACGCUUAUACUUGGUGGUGAAGCUGCGUCAAAAGAUAUCAUCGAGACGUGGUAUGGACACCUGGAUCUGCGCAACGCCUAUGGCCCUGCAGAAGCUUGCAUUGCUUCCUCCGCUCACAUUUACACAUCCGCUACGGAUUCUGCUACAACUGUCGGGCGUGGAUUCGCUCACCAUUGCUGGAUUGUAGAUCCUGAUGAUUACCAGCAACUUGCGCCUAUCGGCUGUAUCGGAGAGCUUUUGGUGCAGAGUCCUGCUUUGGCACGAGGUUAUUUCAAGGAUGACAGCAAAACCAAGAGUUCGUUUGUCGAAGAUGUCAGGUGGCUACCGAUGGAAGCAACAAAAUUUCGACGCUUUUACAAAACGGGAGAUUUGGUCCGAUACGGUGAUGAUGGUAUCAUGGAAUACAUUGGGAGGAAAGACACACAGAUCAAAAUUCGAGGACAGCGGAUAGAAGUGGGGGAGAUUGAAUAUCAGAUGAAGAAGUUGGAAACCACAUUCGAACAUGUUGCUGUAGAUAUCAUCCACGGGAAUCAUCUUGCAGCAUUCGUGAGUUUCAGAAAUGGCGAAAAUAUGGACCGCGCGACAGAAAAUGUCAAAUUGUUGAGCAGAGAUGAUGCUAUGGGAGAAGUAUUCUCUCAGCUGCUGGCUAACAUGAGCCUCGUUUUACCUCAGCACAUGAUACCAUCCUACAUCAUACCAGUGGCGCAUAUGCCUCACAAUAGUGCUGGCAAACUUGAUCGAAAACUACUUCUGCAGACAGUGUCUCAGAUGUCUAUAGAUGAGCUGGCUCAAUACUUGUCUGGUCAGCGAAAGACCUUCCGCACGUGUUCCAAUGAGACUGAGUUUUGGAUUCGGUCACAAUGGGCGCAAGUGUUGAAUCUGCCCGCAGAAUCGAUAAGUGUGGACGAAAAUUUCUACCAUCUAGGCGGUGAUUCCAUUCGCAUCGUCACCCUCGCCAAAGCCAUUCUUAACGAGUACGAAGUAACUUUGGGUCUUUCUAUUCUAAACAGCAAACACACAACAGUAAGCAGCAUGGCUAAAUUUGUCGAAAAUGCCCGCGAAAAUGCUACAGAGGUCGGACCAACCGUGGAUCUCAUGGAAAAGAUACAAUCGAUUGUCAAAGGAAUCUCGGCUACCAGGUUGAACAACUUGGCUAAACAACCAAUUGUGAAGCCAUCUAAGAAGUCGACUGUCUUUCUUACAGGCUCUACAGGAUUCUUAGGGACGGAACUUCUCCGACAGCUGUUGCGCAAUAGCUCAAUCAAAUCCGUCAUAGCACUCGUCCGGUGUAAUUCACCACAGCAUGGACUAGAACGAAUCAGAGCAACAGCCCAGGCAGCUCGAUGGUGGCAUCAGCACGACGCAAAGAAGAUCGAGGUUUGGGUCGGCGACCUGGGUAAAUUCCACCUAGGGCUAAACGCGUCUCAAUGGGAGCGGCUUUCGGGAAUAUCUAGGCACCACGGCAAUAUCGACGCCAUUGUCCACAACGGUGCCGUGGUCAACUGGAAUGCGGAUUACGACAAGCUUGUGGCGCCAAAUGUCGGCUCGACUAUCGAUCUGCUGAAUGCUGCUGCCUCGUCCCCGGUGCUUCCCCGGUUCGUCUUCGUUUCCGGAGGGCUGAAAACAAAUCCAGACGAGGAUCCAGCGGCAGUGGCCAAAAGGCUCAGUAGGCUGAACGGAUAUGUCCAAACCAAGUUUGUGUGCGAAAGCGUCAUUCAAGAUGUUAUUAAAGGCUUGUCGAAAGAACAAAACAGAUUAUCCAUAGUCAAGCCCGGUCGUAUCAUUGGCUCAGAAAGUAACGGAGUUGCCAAUGUGGAUGACUUGAUUUGGCGCGUCGUCUCAGGAGCUGCCGCAAUCCAAGCUUACCCGGUAGAGCCCUCGGAAAAUUGGAUGUACAUUGCGGAUGUUGGCAGUGUUGCUUCCGCGGUUCUGAGCCAAAUCCUUGAAGAGGAUGCCAUUGACUCCUUUGUUCAUGUGACUGGCGGUAUGCCAACAGCAGUGUUCUGGGAAAUGGUUAAUAAAGAGUUGAAAGUCAAUUGUAAACCCGUAUCGUGGGCUGAAUGGAGAGAGUUGGCACACGGUUCCAUGGCUGCGGUUGGAGACAAGCAUCCUCUUUGGCCCGUUCAACACUUUCUGGGUUCUCUCGGUGCUCCAAGAUCAGCAAAAGAACUGGCUACUGAGUCUUUGGAACACAAGCAAUGGCACAAAGCUGUCAGGAAGAACGUGCAAUAUUUGAUGGAGGUUGGGUUUAUUGCAUCGUCUGCCGGGGAGCUAGGAAAUGUGAAGGACGGUGCCAUUAAGCGGUUACAUUAG